UAUUGUAACGCGGCAAACAGCACAUUCACAAAUUUGGAAUUGGAUGGUCAAAGUUUUGUAAAAUCCAAAAACAAAUCUGAAUCAAAUGAUUGGUAUAGAAAGCCUGGAUGCGAAAGCAAGUGUUUCGUCAGAAUUCAAUGAACUUAAAGACGAGUUAGACGAACCUGACGAAUUAGAAGAACUAAGUUCUUAUACUCUCACUACUCUAGUUCAACCUCUAGAUAGCAUUCAUCCCGGGGAUCAACCUAAUCUAUCAUUAGCAAGGGUUUAUGAAGUUAAAACACCAGAGAAGGUCGAGUGUAAAAUCGAGAAAGAUCAGACUAACAAUAUAAAAAUCAAGAUGGGGAAGAAGAGAAACCUGAACGAUCCAGAAGAACAGAGCAAACGCAAGCGAUCUGUAUCUUCUGGAUCAGGACCGGAGAAAAUUAAACGACGGAGAAAAUCAUCGGGAAAGAGUUUUGAGAUAAGCUUUAAUCCUAGUACGGAAGAGGAGUGUGUGAUAUGCAGGAAAAAGUUUCAUUCGGCUGGGUUUAAACGUCAUAUGGGAACUCCUCAUGAGUUCAAGUGCAACCAUCUUGGGUGUGAUUAUGCGUUCGAUGAAAAACGGUUGUUGAAUAUUCAUAACAUCGAUUUUCACUUAUUCGGAAAGUUAGGAAAUUAUGGAUAUGUUAUCGAAAAAGUUGACCCAGAGACACUUUACAAACAUAAACAACCCGUUCCUGUUGUCAAUAAACCUGAAAAUAUAUCAGUUUCACCGAACCAGCUUCCUGUGCAACCACAUUUUCAGGGUCAAACUGACGAGAACUUUGCUCCUGUUACCCCCGCAAACCUCAAGAUAAAGAAAACUUCUGGAAAGAAAUCACCAGAACGGAAAAAGAAGUCCAAACUUUCUAGUGAUAAUAUAGAACAGGAUGUAUUGACUCCAUAUGCAGCUGCGGAGCAGGAGUCCUCCCCUACUGUCAUACCAGGAGAAACCAAAAAACAGCGUAAGCGAAGUGGACUUGUGCUGAAUGCAGGGGCCUCUCAGCAGUUUUAUGAAUGUGAUAAGUGUUUGCAAUAUUUUUCAAAAAAUUCUACAUUUAUGAAUCACACUGAGCUUGAUCAUAAAUAUUCUUGCAUUGUUGUUGAAUGUGAAAGAACGUUUGUGACGACUUUACAGAGGAAUAUUCACGUGAAAACUCAGCAUCCUCAGGUCAAGUGCUCUCAAGUUAAACAAUGUCCAGAAUGUGAGGAAUGGAUCGAUAUUAAAUCUUUCGCUUCUCAUAAAAAAGGUCAACAUACAUAUCAGUGCACUCAAUGCUGCUUUAAGUUUUCAAAUCCCAAUCAAUUGUUCAAACAUACAGUUAAUACCCACAUAAAAAAACAAAACUCUGCUAAAUUAGUUGUUAUUCCUCUUGGUGUAAAGAAACCUGUUGAGACGGUAGAUCCUAGCCCAAUCCAGGAGAGAAUAUUGGAAACAGGAAGCAAGAGAAAAGUAAAACCUUCUAAAACUGAACAGAGGUUGAAGGCCAAAAAAGAAAAGAAAUCCAUUAAGAAGAAUUUGAAAGGGGCAAACACAACCAAGUCAUCUGAAGUAACUUCAGUUCAACCCACCGAGUUAGAGACUUCAAACCUUGAACCUACUUUAACCAGCAAAAAUGCGACUGAUUCAGAUUUAGGAGAGACUCAGAAAACCACGGAACCACUCAGUGAUUUGAAGUCGAAGAACAAGAAAAAGAGUAGAAAGGAGACACGUUCCACCAAGUCUUCGGAACCAACUCUGUCUUUCCUAAAUACUGUGAUAACCACGGAAACGGGGUUGAAUUCUUUACCUUCGGAUAGAGUUAUUAAAGAUACCUGUAAUAAUGCUAUUUCUAUUUCUAAUCCAGAGAAAAGAAAUUUUGACAACCGAACCACCAAAGAAAGCCCCAGUGUCUCUGAACCCCAGACAGGAGCAAGGUUUUCAUCCUUGGAGUCGAUAGAAUAUAAGACAAAAGUUAGUUCUCUUUCUGAAGAACCUGAAACUUCAGAAAUUUUUAUGCCUGCACAAACAGAGUUGAGAGAAAGUCCGUUUCCAUCUACUCAGCUUACUCAGCAGAAACCCAGAGAAAAUUCUGAAUCUACUGAGCUGGAGCUUAAAGUAAGGCCUCGGUCUUCCGAGCAGAGGGUUAGAGAAUGUUCACCUUCUCCUAUACAUGACCUAAUAGAAAUUAGUAUAUCUGCCGAACAGGAGCCAGGAGAAAUUUCUCCAUCUGUUGAACAGGAGACAAGAGAAAGUUCUCCGUCAGCGGAACAAGAGCCAAGAGAAAUUUCUCCGUCUGCUGAACAGGAGACAAGAGAAAGCCUUCUGUCUGUGGAGCAGAAGCCAAGAGAAAGUUCUCAAUUUGCUGAACAGGAGACAAGAGAAAUUUCUUCGUCUGUUGAUCAGAAGCCAAAAGAAAAUACUCCAAUUGCUGAACAGGAGACUAGAGAAAGUUCCCCGUCUGUUGAGCAGAAGCCAAGGGAAAGUUCUCCUUUUGCUAAACAGGAGCCAAGAGAAAGUUCUCUAUUUGCUGAACGGGAGCAAAUAGAAAGUUCUUCGACUGUUGAUCAGAAGCCAAGGGAAAGUUCCCCGUCUGCUGAACAGGAGCCAAGAGGAAGAACCCCAUCUGCUGAACAGGAGCUGAGAGUAAGUUCUUCGUCUGUAAAACAUGAGCUUAGAGAAAGCUCUCCUUCUGCUGAGCAGGAGACAAGAAAAAUUACUCCUGCUUCUGCAUUCAAGACUAAAGAAAGUUUAAAGUCCAAUGAACAUAAGGUUAGAGAAACGCAUCUGACAGAAGCCUCUGAAGAUUCUGAACUAUAUGGUUUAGAGACUAAAGAUUUUUCAAAUCUUUCCGCAGAAGCAGGAUCAAUUGAGAUGGAAGAAAACUCCCAACUAAAUAUUUGUGAUGAUAAAAAUAAGCCUGAAGAUACCAACACCAACGUUUUUAAAGAAUAUGUUGCUGUAUCUCCUAAAGACGAUGGGGAUCUAGUUCCUGGUCAAUUUAAACCUGGAGUUGUAUCUAAAGCCAUAUCUGGAGAUGGCAGCUCAAGAAGAGAGACUGUUCAAGAGGUUAAUAAUGCAGAUGGUCAAACUUCUCAUGCGAGUUGUUUACCAGAGAAUGAUGUUCAGAAAAGUUUUGACUCCGGAUCGUUCGAUAUAAAACUUGGUGCUGGAUCUAACAAGAAGCCAGAGACAAGGAUGAGUUUAGUUCCAUACUCAAUAGAUUCAGAGUCAGAGGAAGAUAUCUCCCAACCUUCUUUAGAUAGUUCGGUCUCUUCUUAUCACAGUUCUCAAGACCCGGAGAACAUAGAUCUAGGUCAGCCCUUGGCUUCAAGUGAAACAAUUCCUGAUCUACCUGAAGCUAAAUCUAGUCCUAAUUCAAUCAUUAAUGAGUCUGAAUUAAGUUCAGGACGAGGUCUCCUAAAACGCUCUGUGAAACAAGUGCAAGAGAAUAAAACAGGUUCGUGGAGAGAGGUUAAAGGUGCAAAGAUUCUUCAAGCCAAAAAUAGAAAAAAUCGUUUAUCAUCUUCAUCAAUAUACGAGAAAAACAUUGCUCAAAAGAUCUUGCUGUUCAAAGAACAAGAAAGUGCUGAAAUAAAUGUUAACUGCAGUGUUGAACAAAAUUCAUUUGAGAACCAUGAUGAACUAAUCCUGAUACAAAAUCAAGGGUUAGAAUUAUCAUGUUCAGGAUCAGAGAUCAGCCAAGAAUCUGAUGAGAGUCAAACCCUAGAACAGUCCAUCAAACCAAAGCCAAGCUUAAUACAACCCGAUGCCUUGGAACAAAAUGUAUCUGUGCCUCAAGUUGUUUCUAAAGAAUUAGAAAAAGUUUGCUUGUCCCAGGAUCAAAAUGAAUCAUUAGUACAAAAUCAACACUUCCUUCAAGACAGGAGCCCAGGUGCUUUUCAGACAGAGCAAGUAAUUCAUCCUGAAGAAGAACAAUCCAAAUCAGUUUUAGAACGAAGUAAAUCUGUUGAAACUGAAUUGCAAACAACUGAAAUCGAGACAAAUCCAGCUGUAUCUGUUGAAAAACUAUCAGAAAGCGAUAUUGAUCAAACCAAAACUGUUGUUGAAAAAAACAGCUCUGAUUCCAAUUCAUAUGAUUCUGCCUGUGCUUCAACAAAGCAAACAAAAUCCUCAGAAGAUCAAUCUGUUUCUUGUCUUCAUCCUGUUGCAACUCCUGUAGUUGAACAAAUUAAGACGGAUGAUAAAGUAAUUACAGACAUUGUUGCUUCUGUUCAAAAACCUGUUAAAAGAGUUGGUCGACCCAGCAAAUCUGGUGGAAGGUUGAAAAUAUUAGAUUCAAGGCUGGAGAAUCAAGCUAGGUUUUCUUUGAACAAAUCUGCUCUGCUCUUGGAGCAGAAUGUUCCUUCAAAGGAGGAAACCACACCAGCCGAACAAUUAAAAGUAUCAGUUGACAAUAUUGAAUACAAUGUUAAUCAAAUUAAAUUAGCUCAAGAGCAAAACAGUUCUUUGAAUCAGUCCAAUCCUGAUUUAAUACAAGACAUGUCGGGGGUAAAGAUUAAGAGUGACGGAGUCCGAAUCAAGUUUGCCAUGAAGAAGAACUCCACCAUUCCUAUUCCUCAAACAGAUCAUGCAAGUGCUGAUAAUGUUGAAAAUGUUACCCUGGAGACAGUGAAUACUGAGACCCGGAAAAUUCUAUUCCAAGAAAAUGUUAGCACUGGACUGAGUGCUUUGCUUGAUAAAAAGGAACAUGUGGGAAGAGGUGCUGUAAUUCUUGAUACAGACCUUUCUAAUGAAGUAUGCGACUUUAACAUCAACGACGCUAACCUUUUUGAACCUAACUACUUGGCUGAACAGGAUCAAUUUCUUUCUCGAAACCCACAACCACAGGGACAAUUGGGACUCUUCUACUCAGAGUAUAACAGUAAAGGUGAAGACAAGUGGUUUCAAAAAGUUGGUUUCCAGCCAGUUUUGUCCAACAUGAGAACUGGAACCCAAGGACGGAAAGUCAACCAAUAUUCUGAAAGAAUGGAUAAUUCUUCCAGAAGUUCAAGAUCUUACAUUGAUUGCAGAGAAACUUCCAACCAUAGGUAUCCUAGUAGACAACCAGUAUCAGGCAAUAUUGUUUCUGAAAUGCGUUUAAAUUCGCAGGCAAAUGUUGAUCAGGCAAGAUUUGAGGCUUCCUUUAACUAUUCAGUUCACUCAAAUCUCUACACUCACUCUGGAGGGAGUGAAUAUCAAUCUAUCAAAGUUAAUAAACCUGCUUCUUCUAACCAAUUACCAGCAACUAGUGCUGUUAUAAGGAGGAGGAAGUGUAGCAAAGAUGAGAAGAAAGAGAUUCAUUUGGAGUUUAAAGCAACACCUCAACAGGAAAAGCAGGAACUAAAACCUGACUCAGUUCAAGAGAAAUUGUCAACUCAAGAUAUCCCUAAUAAAUUCCCCAGUUUAAACUCAAAUGAACUAAGAAUCCAACCAAUUGAUCUUAAAAUUAGAAACUUAAGAGAACGAAGACCUCCAAAUCAUCUUAAUGACUUUCAUUUGUACCAUACACCUCUUGUUCCCCAGGGCUCUCACUUAGUUCCAGCAGUCCCUCCUAAACCAUCCAGGAGCUCAUAUAGAAGUAAAAGUUGUUUACCGAAGACAAGUAAUGUUUCUGUAGAAGGUAUCAUGAAAACUCAAGCGACAAGGUUAAUCUCUUUAACUCCCAAACCUUCCAGUUCUAGUUUAAACUCAGAUCCUUCUCUCACUUCAAAACUAAAUGCUGCCCCCAAACCUUUAAAUUUAAUUAAUAAUUGUGAAAAAUCUUCAGUUUCUACUUCCACUCCAUUCUCCUACACAACCUCUAUUUCCCACACUUUUCCCACCUCCACUACUAAUUCAACUUCUCAAACCAAUCUUUCUACCUCCUCUGCUCAAACCACCAUUAAACCAACCAAAUCUAAGCCUACAUCUGUGAUCGUUUCCAACUCAUACUCCAUUCUUCGAGUUCCUAUCCCUGUGCCUUCUACAGAAAUUGAUGUGGACGAAGAUUUAGCAGCCAAAUUUCAAUUUUUGGAAAACCAUGUUAAAAUCCAUGAGGAUGCAAUGAAACAAUCUACUGAGGAUACUACUGGAGAUGUUGGAGAAACUAUGGAGGCCAUAGAGAGGAUGGUGAAGGAAACAACACCCAACAGACCAAUAAGUAGUUCAGAAUCUGGGAUUGGGUCAGAGAGCACAAGCCUUAACUAUGACCAUGAUCAGCCAGAAACAGUGACAGUUGAUGACUGGAGUGAUGAUGAUGAUGAACUUGGAAAAUAUUCUCCCGGAGAUUCACCUGGAGAAGUGGAUGUUGUUGAAGAGAAUAUUGAGAACAUAUCCUCCUUCAUAUCCAACCCUGUAAGACUCAAGGAUGAUAAUGAUGACUAUCUCUCUGAUGUGGAUGAUCUUCUCGGGAGUAGUGAUGAAGAGGAACGGAAAGCGGAGAUGGCUAAAUCACCCUUGAAACCUAGGACGUCUCCUAUUGAAGAAAAGAAGAAACGUGGGAGAAAGAAACAUUUAGCUUGUCCUCUUUGCAAUCUUAAAAUGAAACCAGACGAGUAUAAUGUUCAUGUGAAGCAGGAUCACACAAAGCAAUGCAAGUUUUGUUACCUCAAAUUCACAUACGAGCACGGUUUGGAAGAUCAUGUAGCUAGAGAUCACCAAGAGGAAAAUUCUCUGCAAAAUGAAUUUUUUAGUUGCAAAUAUUGUCAGAUCAAUUUUAACCGGAAAGGACCUUAUACUAAACAUAUGAGAGACAGUCAUGCAUUUGUUGAUGGAAAUACUACUAAAUCUAAACCUAAACCUGUUAAACCUAUUAGAGCUUCUAAAACUGCAAAACCUAACAAACAUUCUGGCCAGGACACUAAGAAAUCUAAGGAGUCAUCAUCUCUAUCCAUAAAGAUAGCCCAACCUUUAGACAAUAUGUGUGAUAGUCCUAAAAAGAAAACAUUCAACAAAAAAUUUACAAUUCCCAAAGUGUCCACGAGAAAAGUAAAAACUCCGGAAAAUGCUGAUCAAGGUGACUUUGGUCUGGAAACAUGUGAGUUAUGUGAAACCAAUCUGAUUGAUUUUGAAGAGUUUGCCGCUCAUAUUAAUGCGCUACACGCCUUUCCCUGUCUAGAAGAAGAUUGCGGGAAAUCUUUUACUGGAGAAUACAUGUUAAGGGUUCAUUUACAUCAAAAACAUGGAGCUACAGCUCCCAAUCCAGCUGAGGAACCUGCUCAGGAGAAAUUUAAAAAACUGUUUAACAAGCGUGAGACCAGUCUUGAGGAUGAUACCUAUGACAUAAGUUUCUUGGAACAGUCAAAUCUUUCGGAGAUAUCAAUCUUGGACAGUUCUGAGCACAAGUGCUAUGAAUGUAAUCAGGUGUUUUCUGACGCAGACAGUCUAUCCCAACAUGCAAACUCACACUUUCAGAACUCCAGAACCUUUACACCUACAAAUGAAGAGACCAAGUCGUCUGGUUCUAUUGUUAAUCAUCCCUUGGAGAAGAAUGAAAGAACUAUGACAGAAUGUCACUGUUGUAAAAAAAGGGUUGAAAACUCUCAGAUAGUUCAGCAUCUUAAGAUGUGUGAGAAAGAGCAGAGUAAACGAGGAGAUGGUUGUGCCAACUUCUGCCUUCUCUGCAGAUCUGUGUACACUAACACCGUUGAGUUUCUCAAGCACAAGGAGAUGAAGCACGCUUUCAAGUGCUACCAGUGCACGCUAUCGUUUAUAACCCAGGAACUAACAGAAGCGCAUAUCCUUGAAGCGCACAGAGUAUUUGCAUAUCCAGAUGUUGAGGAAACAUUAUGUUCUUUGUGUGGAACACAGGCGGUAAACCAUGAAUCUUUAGAACACAACUUUACCUGCUCUCAUCCCAACUGCGAUAAAAGAUUUACAUCAGAUCCAGAGCUCACUAAACAUUCGAAGGCGGAACACAACCAUUUCUCUGUGAUUAAGGUUCCUAGAAGUAAUAACACAAUACGUUUAACCUCUGUUAGAAGUAAAUUAAAUGAAGAAAUUUCUACAAUAGCGGAACAGUGGAUUAAGGACAGGAGUGCUUUAUCUCGGAUGAAAGGCAUAAUGAAAACAACUUUUAAAUCUCGGCGUCAUGAUCUGUUCCUGGUUCGAAAAGAGCGUGAGCAGUGUAACGGAAUGAAGAUGAGUACACUCCACCGACUCUCCAACCCGUCCUUCCUCGGAGGGAACUUCGAGCAGGACUCGAACAUCAUCAACCUUAUCACGCAAAAUGUCUUCAAGCCAACGUUUGAGAGUUCUGAUCCGAACUUGAAGAAUUUGGGACCUGAGGUUGGGUUUGCGUAUUCCAGUCUUGUACUUUUCCCGGAAACAUUUAUUCAUAAAUACGAGACAAUGGGAAUGAGUAGGCAUGAAGCAGAGCAACAGUAUCUAGAGGUUCAUAUUGAUAAAGAGGAGUGGGAAGGAUUAAAUCAAGAGAUAGAGAAUGCUGUUGGAAAUAGAGAUUCCGAAAAUACUUCUGAAGAUGAAUGGGUCGAUCAUUCUGAUAUAUCGGAUGUAGAUGAAUAAAAACUUGUGAGAAAGUAUAUAUUGUAUAUAUAUAUAUAUAUAUUAUCAAAUGCAUUUCAAAAUUAAAGUGGGAAAAAUUGUCAGUUAAAAUAUUUAUCAUCGUAGAUAAAGCAGUGCCUAAUAAUUGGGAAGUAAAAGUUACUACUAAUGUUUUUAUGAAAAUUUUGUAUGAAAAUAUAAAUACAAUUUAAAUAA